AUGGCUGCGGUGACUGACGAUGGGAUCUUGGCGUACAAGCGGUCGUCUACGACGUGCCUGGCACUCUUGACGGAAUCGCGGUCGAUGGAUUGGUCCCCACGUGCACUUCGCUGGUUGCUGCUGGACACGCGUGCGGACCCAGUGCGUGUGGAGAUCGUUGCCGUCUUGACUGGCACGCUUGACGGAAUCGCGGUCGAUGGAUUGGUCCCCACGUGCACUUCGUUGGUUGCUGCUGGACACGCGUGCGUGCAUUCCUCAUCAAGCGACUACGUGGAGAUCCACACGCCCAAGCUGGUCGGUGGCGCCUCGGGGAGCGGAGCCAACUACUUCACACUCAAGUACUUCGACCAGGACGCUACCUUGGCUCAGAGUCCGCAGACGUACAAGCAUAUGGCGUGUGAUGUUGCUAGUCUCGAGCGCGUGUUCGAGAUCGGCCCGGGCUUCCGUGCUGAGACCUCGAACACGAACCGUCACAUGCGCGAGCUCGUGGGUCUGGAUCUGGAGCUGACUAUUAAGGCGCACUACCACAAGGUGCUCACAGAGAAAGAGAAGUGGCUGGGUCGUCUCAUCAAGGAGAAAUACGAUACAGACUUCUACAUCCUCGACAAGUUCCCGCUGGCUCAUGUGCACGAUCCCAAGCUGCUGAUGGAGCGUAUGGACGAACUGGGUGUGCCUCAGGUGUCGAUGUGCAACUACAUCUACUCUCUCCGUCUUGACUCUCUGCCCCACGGUGGCGGUGGUAUUGGUCUGGAGCGUGUGGUCAUGUUGUACUUGGGUCUGGGCAACAUCAGCGGAUACAGGUUCUGGAUCGUCAUUGCGGCUCACGACACAACCUACAUGAUCACACAGCCAUAG